UCGUCUGCCGACUCCUCCCUCUGCUCUUUGCUUUGGUCUCCUCCAAGUGUGUGUGUGUGCGUUCGCGGAGAAGGAGGGACGGGCGCAGGUGGAUCCGCCUGGAGAAGCGUUCGCGGCUGGGUGUUGCUUCCGAGUGAUGGAGCGGGCAGGAUUCUGCCGCUGAUCUCUUUCUCGUCGCCCGCAAAGAAGACUCGGCUCAUGGCCUCGGGAGAAGUUGCCGGGACUCGAUCUCUUCCCUUUUCUCCUCCUCUUGACCCUUGGAUGUGAGCUCAGCGGGCGGGCUAAGCGAUCUCCCUGUGCGCGCCCUGCCCGAGGGAGGCAGCCGGGAGGGCCCAUCCAUGCCAGGGCUGCACCCAGCACUGGGCACCAGCAGCGGCGGCGGCAGCGGCGCUCACGACUGCGAUUCUCUUUUCUCCUCCCCAGAUGGAAUUAAAGGGCGAGCGGCAGAGGAGACGAAGGGCGUGAGCCUGCCCGGGGAGAGCGGCGCCUCCAGCCAAGCUGCCCUGAAGCUCUGUGUCUCCUUGCGGGUCCCCCAGACCAUUCCCAUGGACCUGCGGAUUGGACAGCGCCUAGCCAAAUCUGGGCCCGACACAGCCUUGCUGGCCCUGAAGCAGACGCAGCAGCUGCAACACCAGCUCUUCCUGGCCAGCUUGCACCAGCAGCAAGUGGAGCAGCUCACCUACCCGCACCUGCGGGUGCCGAUGGAGCCACCACCCCAAGAUUCCACACCUGGGAAGCAAGAACAGGAGCUGCGGCUGCUCUUGAAUAAAGACAAAAGCAAACGCAGUGCUGUAGCGAGUAUGGUGGUGAAGCAGAAAUUGGCAGAGGUCAUCCUGAAGAAACAGCAGGCUGCUCUGGAAAGGACCAAUCCUCCUGUCAUGCCAUACAGGUCUUUUGAGCCAAUGGAACAUGAAGGUCCAGCCAACCCUCUGCUUCCUAGCUUCUUUCCACCUGCCUCCGACAGCUCUGGCAACUCCCCAGAGCACUUUCCACUAAGGAAAACAGCAUCGGAGCCCAACCUAAAACUGCGCUACAAGUCGAAGAAGGCCAGUGAGCGGCGCAAAAAUCCACUGAACCGCAAGGACAGUGCACCCCCUUCCUUGAAGAGGCGUCCAGCAGAAGCCAUUGAUUCAUCUCCCAGCAGCAGCAGCACCCCAGUGUCCGGAUGCAGUUCACCCAAUGACAGUCUGGUGCCUGAACAUGGGGCCCUGCCAGCAGCACCUGGCCUUGCACAAGAGACACCACUAGCUCAACUCCUGAGGAAGCAGGAGAGCUCGCUGGCCCACUUUGCUCUUCAAACCACUGGCUCCCUCCCAGCUCUAACCCUUGGGCUUCCAGCCACAUCUGCAGCAUCCUCCAGGGGCGACGGAGAUCCCAGGACCCUCCCAAGUCUUGCGCACAAGGUGCCUGUCUUGACUGGCACUCACACACCCAUGUUCCUGCCAACCAGCCUGGAGCAACAUGAGCCUGGAAGCCCCCUAUCCACUCGGCUGCCAUCUGUUAUUAUCCUGGAGCCCCCCCUGACCCACACUCCUCUGGUGACUGUGCCAGGGCUGGGUGCCAUCCCCCUUCACUUCAGCCACUCGGUGCUUCCACCAGAGAGGCUGUCAAUGCCUGCGCUCCACAAGCCCUUGGGGCGGACCCGCUCAGAGCCCCUGCCAUCCAGCCCCCAAGCGGUGCAGCAACAGCUGGUCUACCAGCAGCAGCAGGCCCUCUUCCUUGAACGGCUGAAGCAGCAGACACAGCUCGGCAAGCGCAUGUCCAAGUCCAGAGAGAAGCCUCGGCUGCAGCAGAUCCCCUCUUCCGAGGACAUGGAGGCAGAGGUAGGAGGAGAUCCCAGUGGCCUGCCCCAGGGCCAGGUGGAGCCUUCACCAGCAGGGGGCAGCAGCAAAGAGAGAGAAAGGAGCGCCAGGUUGGGUCAGCCUCAAGAGGAGCAUGUCCUUCAACAGGCGCAAUAUGUCUGGGAACAGCAGCAACGCCUGUUGCAGCAGCAGCAACUCCUGCGGAGGCAGCCUCCAACAGAUUCCCUGCUGAUCCCGGCAGUGCGCGGCAGCCACCGACCACUCUCCAGAGCUCAUUCAUCCCCCGCCCCAGCCACUGCAUCCCUACCAAGCCAGGACAUGUCUUCCAAGGUGAUCCCACUGCCUGUUCAAGAGCAGUCCAGCAAGCCCCGCUUCACCACAGGGAUUGUGUAUGAUUCUGUCAUGCUGAAACACCAGUGCUCAUGCGGGGACAACAGCAAUCACCCUGAGCAUGCUGGUCGCAUCCAGAGCAUCUGGUCCCGUCUGCAGGAGCGCGGCCUACGCAGCCAGUGUGAGUGUCUCCGGGGACGCAAGGCCACUUUGGAGGAGCUGCAGUCGGUUCACGCUGAGCGGCACGUGCUGCUUUACGGCACCAACCCCCUCAGCCGCCUGAAGCUGGACAAUGGCAAACUAGCAGGAAUCCUGUCCCAGAGGUUGUUUGUCAUGCUGCCCUGUGGUGGAGUUGGGGUGGACAGUGACACCAUCUGGAAUGAGCUGCACUCCAGCAAUGCUGCACGCUGGGCGGCUGGUAGUGUUGCCGAGCUGUCCUUCAAGGUGGCCAAUAGGCAACUCAAGAAUGGCUUUGCUGUCGUACGACCUCCAGGACACCAUGCGGACCCUACAACAGCAAUGGGCUUCUGCUUCUUCAAUUCAGUGGCCAUUGCAGCCAGGCAGCUCCAGCAGAAAGCGAAGAUUGGCAAGAUCCUUAUUGUAGACUGGGAUGUUCACCAUGGUAAUGGGACACAGCAAGUCUUCUACCGGGACCCAAAUGUCCUCUAUAUCUCCUUGCAUCGCCAUGACGAUGGCAAUUUCUUCCCUGGAAGUGGAGCAGCUGAUGAGGUGGGCUCUGGUCCCGGUGAGGGCUUCACUGUCAAUGUGGCUUGGACAGGUGGCCUUGACCCACCCAUGGGGGACCCCGAAUACUUGGCUGCUUUCCGGACAGUUGUGAUGCCGAUAGCCCACGAGUUCUCACCGGAUGUGGUGCUGGUGUCUGCAGGCUUUGAUGCAGCUGAUGGCCAUCCUCCCCCGCUGGGAGGCUACAAAGUCUCAGCCAAAUUCUUUGGUUACAUGACCAGGCAGCUGAUGAACGUGGCUGGGGGGGCCCUUGUUCUUGCCCUUGAAGGAGGCCACGAUCUGACCGCCAUCUGUGAUGCCUCCGAAGCCUGCGUCUCUGCCCUGCUUGGUAACGAGCUGGAGCCCUUGCCUGAGGAGAUCCUGCAGCAGAAACCCAAUGCCAAUGCGGUGCGCUCCUUGGAGGCUGUGAUCCGGGUGCAAAGCCAGUACUGGAGCUCUGUACGGCGCUUUGCCCCAACAGUGGGCCGCUCGUUCCUGGAAGCACAACGCCACGAAUCGGAAGAGGUGGAGACUGUGACAGCGCUGGCCUCGCUUUCUGUGAUGACUGAAAAAAGGCGGCAGGAUGAGCCGAUGGAAGAAGAACCCAUGAACCAGUGAAGGACUGCCUGUUCUGCAUCCUCCAACAGGAACGCGGCUUCCUUCAUGGCUUGUUGCUCAGACGCAGUCCCGGUUCCCACCAGCCACGCAGCCCACAGUGCCCUUAAGCCGCGAGGCUGGAAAACUGUCUUAAAGUUCAGGCAGAGAGCUCUGUAGAAGGCGCACGUGGCAGAUCCCCUGGGAUUCGCAGCUGUCUUGGAGGGGCUGCCACAUGUGAACCUCGACAAGGCCAGCACCAGUCCCAAACUGAGGUCCUCCCUGGAAGACCUGCCUGGGUUGAGAAUCGGAGCACCAAGGUGCCCAGUGGGAGACAGGAGACUGGGUGCGGGCGGACUGUAAAAACUGGAGAGUUUACUUUGACGUUGGGGUGGUGCCUUUCCCCCUCCAGAACCAAAGACAUUCUGCUGAGAGAUCCUUCUGGGGAGGAGCCUGGAUUAUUCUCUUUUGUAAGCAUGAGUUGAUUGUCCCUUAUUCCAGGAUGCUUCUGGGUUUGCAGUGGGAGAACUUUCAGAAGCUAACAUUUGAUGGCAGACAUUGACAGCAUCUUUGAGGAGAGACCUAGCCCAAUUCCUGCUAACGGCUGUCCCAAACUGACCCUUUUGGUCUAGGACCUUCCUGAUUUGCACUAUAUACAGUUAAUACAGAUACAGACCUUGUCUAUUUUUCAUGAAACCUUGUUGGAUCAAAUUGCACCUCCUUGUUGGACUCAAGCCCUUGACUUGACCAUUUCUCUGGCAUCAAGGCACUAUGUAAAUAUACAAUUCUGUGGUGCUUGUGGCUGGUUGGUUGCCCUGAUCCAUGAAAGCAGGCAGCCUUAUUCCAAAGACCAGACUUUGGGGGAAAGGAAAACGACUAGGACAGUUUGUCCUCUGUUAUCUCAACCAAUAUGCAGAAUUUGGAUUCCUGUAAAUCUCAUUUGUUUGGGUUUUUUCUGUUUGUUAAAAAAAAAAAUCUUACCGA